GGGGAUGUACGAGGCUCCCUGGCCUCCAGGGGCUGCCUGGCCCGGGGGCACGUGGCCAAGAGGCAGGACAGGAGGGACAGUGAGGUUCCUGCCGGGGGCACGGCCGGCCUGGUCCUGGGCAUGGUCCUGGGCUGGGCAGCCGGCAGGCCUCUCAGCAUGACUUCCGGUGCAGGGCAUGGCCCAGCGGGGUGUUCCCGCGUCUGCCGAGAAGGGUGGGCCGGCCACCAAGGGCAGGAGUCGGGCUGCACUUUCCGGCAUGUCUGUGCUCAGGAGGGUGACGAGGUGAUGUUUCAGGGGACCGGCCAGGUGGACGCAGAGCCACCUCGGGCGGGGGGGCAGGACAGGGUGCGGGUGUCAGCCUCAUCGCCAACAGAAGAAACGCAGAAGAGACUUUAAGCCGUGCUUUUAGAGAUCUCUGGGGCGGGGUCGCCCGGCUGACGGCGGGAUCAAGCCCCAUGCUGGGCGCGGAGGUGACGGAAAAAAUCUACCCGAAUGGGAAGCAGAGAAGUGGGAGCCCACGCGCUUGGUGUGCCUUUGGGGCCGACGACUCGGCAACUCCCUCCCCAGCAUUUAUCCCAAACACGAGCACAGACCCGGAGUCAAGGGGGCGCCCUGGGGCUCCUCAGUGAAGCGUCUGCCUCGGGUCAAGAUCCCGGAGUCCUGGGAUCAAGUCCCACGUCGGGCUCCCUGCUCGGCAGGGGGCCUGCUUGCCCCUCCGCUGCUCCCGCUGCUUGUGCUCCGUCCCUCCGUCAAACAAAUAAAAUCCUGACGGAAGGAGGGACGGAAGGACUGGAUGUAGGACGUGGGGAACUUGGAAGAACCAGAACGUCCCGCCGGGGUACGUGGGGCAGACGGUCCCCGCCCUGGGGUUUCAACAGCGGUCAGGAGGGCCGCCGCUGGCACAAACGUCAGGGCAGCCGAAGCAGGUGAGAAUCCCGGGCCUCUGGCUCUGCUUGAGAAGCCGCACAGCACAAGGUAAAGAAUGUGUCUUGAAAGGCUUGAGGGCUGGGCUGCAAAUCCAGGGCGUGGUGCGGGGGACAGAGGCCUCGAAGGCAGGGCUCCUCUCCGGGUACAGUGGGCAGAGCCAGCAGCACUGUGAGCCGCCCCUGGGCAGGUGGGCUCACAGGGGGAGGCACACUGGGACCCGCAGGGGCACCUGGUGCAGCUGGAGGCAGAGAGAUCUGGUCUGGCCAGGAGGACGCAGGGUCCACGGGCUCCUGGGGAUGUCGAGGCACGCGUGUCCAGGGCUGGCAAAGGACCGGGGGCAGGGGUAGGGAGGCCUCGGGCUGACCUGGGCCCAUCCACCCCAUCGCUCUGUGGCUACCGCAGUUGCCACCGAGCACAGACUGAGCACAGAGACCCCUGGGGAGCAGGCCCAGGCUGGCGCCGCAGCUGUGGUUGGCUUGUCCCUCCCUUGGCCCCGGGCUUGGGAGCAGCCAACCGCUGAGUUGGGCCAUCCCACAGGGUCUGUCAUUCUACCUGCCCUGCCGCGGAAACCCGUCUCUGUGGAUCCCCAGGAUGGCCCAUCGCUGGCCCGGGGUAGCACAGGGGCUGCCCCCCACAGCCCUUGUCCGCCGACUCACCAUCAGGACUGGCCCAGAGAAGAGCCAAGCUGCUUUGGGGCGGGGACUCUGGGAGGGAACAGAGAACCGCCACCCCGACCGUUCUGGGCACGGAGGUCAGCUCCUGGGCCUGGGCGCCCCGCAUUCUAGCCGCAGGAUGGCGCAAGGGCCCUUAGCCUAACCCUGGGCCGCUCUGGGGCCUGCUCGUCUCAGAGGGCCGGGAACACAGGAAAGUAUGAGAAGGUAGGGGCAGUCGGGCGGUGGGCAGGGGAGACAGGAAACAGGUCCAGGAAGGGGGCCCGUGGGCGGAGGCCAGAAGCUGCGCAUCCCUCGGGCGGGGAACAGGACAGGCUCUGGGGAGCAAGGCACGUGCAGCUAGAUAGUGAGGCGGCGGGUCAGCGGUGCUCGAAGUCAGAGCAUCCGGCAGGGCUGGGACCCCUCUCUUGGGCCACCCCCACACCCAGCUGUCGGCCUGGGCCUGGUGCCGGCCCUAAGGCUCUUUCAGGGUCCUCCCUCCCCAUCCCUGUCCCCUCUGUCCAGCCAGGCUGUCCCCAGACCUGGACACUGGCACCUGGCACGUGAGCCGGUCCCGCAUCCCCUCCAGGAGCCCCACUCGGCCCUGACCUGUGUGUGCCCCCAGAGUGCGGGCCCCUGGGGCCUCGGGCAGCCCGUGAGAGGGCCCGUCUGCCCGCGGGCCUCGCGCAGGAGCAGAACACGCAUUUUCUGUUGCGCCACCGCUUCCUCUGCCGUGUGCAGACGUGGCUUCCAGAGGCACCAAGCCGUCUCUGCUCCCGUGUGAGUGGGCAGCACAGCCCCCGGGGCACGGCAGCCCCCAGCUUCCAGAACACUGCCGACCUCCCCGCGCCCCUGGCCCAGGCAGCUCACCCGUCUGAGGAAGGAAAUCCGGCCCUGGGGCGAGCUUGAUCAUUUUGAACUCUCGGAGCAAACUUCUCAGUAGGCUCGACGAGAUGCACGACGGGCGCUAGAGAGCCUGCGGGAGCCACCAUGAUUCUGGAACCCUCACACACGCCAGGAAACGCCAGCACCGUGACCAGCCCCGUGCCAGUGACCGGGCUUCCCGGCACGGGCGCCUUGAGCUGCAACGCGUCCUUCGAGGACACCAGAGUGUUCCUGGUGAGCGUGUACAGCGCCGUGUUUGCCGUGGGGCUGCCGGCCAACUGCAUGACGGCUGGGCUCACGCUGCUGCAGGCGCUGCAGGGCAACGUGCUGGCCGUCUACCUAUUCAGCCUGGCGCUGUGCGAGCUGCUGUACAUCGGCACGCUGCCGCUCUGGGCCGUCUACAUCCAGAACCAGCACCGCUGGACGCUGGGCGUCUGGGCCUGUAGGGUGACCGGCUACAUCUUCUUCUGCAACCUGUACGUGAGCAUCCUGUUCCUGUGCUGCAUCUCCUGCGACCGCUUCCUGGCGGUGGUGUACGCGCUGGAGAGCCGCGGCCGCCGCCAGCCGCGCACCGCCGUCCUCGUGUCCGCGUCCGUCUUUGUGCUGGUCGGGCUGGCCCACAGCCCGGUGUUCAGAAUGGGAGGGGAGCCGACGUGCUUCGAGGCGCCGAUGGACACGGAGGUCGUGGCGUACUACUACCUGCGCUUCACCCUGGGCUUCGCCGGCCCGCUCGCCGUCAUCGCCUUCACCAACCGGCGCAUCUUCAGGAGCAUCAAGCAGAGCGCGGGCCUGAGCGACGCCCAGAAGACGAAGGUGAAACGCUCGGCCAUCGCGGUUGUGACCAUUUUCCUGGUCUGCUUCGCUCCGUACCACCUGGUGCUCCUCACCAAAGCCGUGGCCCAUUCCUACUACAGGGGCCAGCCGGACGUCGCGCAUGACUUCGAAGCCAAGCUCUGCCGGCUCUCCGCGGUGUUCCUGUGCCUGUCCACGGUGAACAGCGUGGCCGACCCCAUCAUCUACGUGCUGGCCACGGACUGCUCACGGCAAGAAGUGUCCAGAAUCCACAGGGGGUGGAAAAAGUGCUCCGCGAACGCCGACGUCCCCAAGCACACAUGUUCAAGGGGCUCAGAGGAGCUGUCACUACCCACGCUGCCCACAAAUGACUCCACGUGCCCCGGGGCCGUCCACCCCCUGCAGUCUGGGCCGGCCACAUGGAGCUCAUCGCUGGACACCUUGGAGAGGCUGGAUGAAGAGUCCCGCUGAGCCCGGUGUCCUGCAGGGCAGGGUGUCCAGCACGGGAGCCGGGGGGCCUGGGGUGUGGUUUCCCCACCCACUGAACUUGCCGACCAGGGUCCACGGUGCUGGCUGUGAAGUCCCCUCUGGAAAACACGCCACCGCUUUCCCGCUCCUGGAGCCAUGCCCUCCAUGAGCCCCAACCCUCGGGAUCCCGGCACGCCUAGGCUGUCCCACUGGGCCCCACACAGAAGGUGGCCGCAUGUGGGUACCUGAUGGUGCAGGGCAGGCAGGACGGCCUCUUCCUCAGCUCUAAAGCUCACUGGCUCACCCAGCUAUUAGCAAACAGCAGGGCUGCCUGGGGCUGCCAGCAGCUGGCCCGUGCCACGCCCUGGGCAUGGCACCAUGAUACCCUCCUUUUCCGUGCUCUUCCACAAGCACCGCUUGGAUGACUAUGGUUGUACAACAUGGGACCUUUGUGUUCUGCCUCAAGAUGGCCCUGGGCCAACUGGGCCAUCCACAUGGUGCCUGCUCGUGGGGGGACCACCGAGGUCUGCGAGUGGGGGCAGCAGCCCAGCUCCGGGGGCCCCAGGUUGCUCUGUGCCGAGCUGGUCAGAGGACGCAAGCUGCUGUGGACCCCACAGGCGAGCUCCCAGCAGGGCGGCCAAUGUAUUUCCUGGAGGGUGCCCAGGUCGGAGAUGCUGGUGGACACCCCGGUAGGGGGUGACAGGGCCGGCAAAGGGUCUCAGAGAAGAGUUAGAAAUCCUCCGCAUGGAGGCUCCCUGGCCUUACUGUCAGGGAAGCGGACGCUGAGGACUCAGAAAGGGGCAUCAGGAGGGAGCAGGUGACGCCCCGGGCCUCCAGCCCUGCGGCAAGAUGAGGAGUGCAGGUGGGGCAUGGAGCCAGGCCCACCACGAGGCCCGGACUCGGGUCCCGCCCCUCCCCGGCCAGCCUCGUCACGGCCAGGUCAUGGGGCGGCGUAGCUUUCCCACCUGUACAGGGUCAAUGACACCUACCUUGCCAGUCAGCUUCGGGGGCUGACCACUACCUCCACUCAGGCCCUCUGAAGCAGGGGCCCGGCAGGCUGCACGCCCCACGGAGGGCCCAGGCACCCCCAGGCACCUGCCCUUACAGGUAUGGGGCCGUGGUGCCAAGUUACAUUCUCGUGUCUGUAAGGCAGCUAGCUGUCCGCUGUCCUUUCUUGCUGCGAGAGACGCCGACCAGAUACAUUUAGAAAAUAAGCCUGGAAAUAAAGAUACAAAAUGCA